CACAGAUCAGAAGGCUGUCAGGCUGUCUGGGUGUGAGUGAACACCCUCUAGUGGAGCUGCUGACAAGCUGUCCUGCAGAGCUUCUGUCUGUUUCUAACCAUCAGCAUUUCAAGAGGUCUAUGGUCCAGCGUUGAGCAGAGACCAUGUGGUGUUUGGAGCUGCUUUUACCACUGUUGUUGAUCAUCAAUGAUGCCAGUUGCCAGUGGAAUGUCUGGGUACCUCGGGACAUCUCGGCCAUGACAAACUCCUGUGUGGUCAUCUCGUGCACCUUCAUGUAUCCGUCUGGUAUCAGGCCGUACCGUGGCAUUCACGGUAUCUGGUAUUUCGGCCAGCCGUACCCUCAACUCUUCCCUCCUGUUGUCUUCAAAACACGCACAGACGUAGUGCAUGAGAGCUACAAGGGUCGCACCAAGUUGCUGGGUGACCUGCACCAGAGGAACUGCACUUUGCUCAUCAACAACAUCGGCACAGAGCACUCAGGGAGAUACUACUUUCGUGCUGACCUCGGUGGAGCCAACAUGUAUACGUUCCCAGAUUUUGCUGAGCUCAAAGUUCUGGAUCAACCCAACAUUGAUGUCCCAGAGGAGAUUGUCAGCGAUGAGAAUCUGGAGCUGACAUGCUACGCUCCAGACAAUUGCCCUGACAUGACUCCAGAGAUCCAGUGGAUGUACACCGACUACCUGCCCGACCCUGAGUUCAGCUCUGACUACCUGGAGGAGAGCAACACAGCUGUACUCUCCAGCACCCUCACCUUCACACCCAGACCAAUGCACAAUGGGCAGCUCCUGGGCUGCAGGGUCUACUACCCCAACACCACACUGGUUUAUGAGAGGCUCAUCUCUCUAGACAUCAAAUAUGCUCCACGCUCUGUGUGGGUGAAUGUGUCCUCAGAGGUGAUGGAGGGCAGCUCUGUGAUGCUGCACUGCGAGGUGGACAGUAACCCUCCUCCCAGGAUCUCCUGGAUGUUCGGAGACCAGGAGCUUCUGUGGGACACAGCAUCCAAUGUCUCCCUCUCCCUGGACGAUGUGACACCUGCGCAGGAGGGAAUCUACACCUGUGUCGGGGACAAUGGCUACGGCCUUAUGAACACUUCACUGUACCUGGCUGUCAAGUACCCUCCCCGUGAGCCCGUGGUAAAUGACUCUAUGACGGUACAGGAGGGAAACUCGCUAGCCCUGCACUGUAGUACCCAGGGCAGCCCAGCCCCAACCCUCACCUGGCUGAAGGACGGGGAGCUGGUGGGCACCAUCACUGCCGAAGAGCUGUCAGUGCUGGAGAUCUUAGAGAUUACACCGCAGGGAGACGGACAGUACCGCUGCCUGGCCGAGAACGAGCAUGGAAGAGCCAGCAGCUCCCUCAACAUCACUGUUGAGUAUGCCCCAGUCCUUCUGGAGGAGUCAAAGUGCACGGUGGUGAGGGAGGGUGUCCAGUGUGUCUGCAUGGCCACAGGAAACCCUGAACCCAUUAUCGAGUUCUACCUGCCCGACCUGAACGUCACCAUCAAUGAAACAGACGGCCGGUACAACUUCUACACUCACACAGACGGACACACCUCCACGGGUAUGAUCAAGCUGCGGGAGAAAGGCGAGCGGGUCGACAACGGCCCUGCCGUCAACGUCCACUGCAGCAUCUCCAACAUGUAUGGAAGAGAGAGCGUACACCUGGAGCUACAGCAGGAGAAAAAGUACAUGAUGGCAGUUAUAGUUGGCACCAUUGGAGGAGUGGCGGUCAUAGCCUUCAUUAUUGCAGCAGUGAGAUACGUUGGCCACAACAACAAGAAAGAGAAUGGCAACCCUAGGCAGGACGUGGUCCUGGAGAACCCAGCUUUGUACUACAGCGCAGUCAAGAAGGACAAACAAAAUCUGAGGAAGAAAGUGCUUAAGACAGAGCUGUUGGGCUCAAAGUUUAACUCCAUUCUAGAGGAGACUACGGGAGAAGACGGGGAUUAUCAACCUGUGGGCUCUAUGGCAGGAUUGGAGAAGCAAGAGCUGAAUUACGCUGCUCUGGAGUUUAUCGGGGCCAGGUCCAGAGAGGGGGCUUCAGGGAGGGGGGAUGACGGCAGCAACUACACGGAAAUCAAAGCCAAAUGAAUCGCGAUCCUUCCCUGAUUCCUCAGCUACGCGAGACGCAGUGGCAGCCCCAACACAUUUUCUACCCCAUAAACUGUGUAAUAACCCCCCUUCCUCUACUGGAUUUCACCCUGCAUAUGAUGACUCCUUGUUUCUCAUUUCUUCAGAUUUGUCACAUAUAAUGUACCACUCGAUGCCAGUACCCCCCCCCCAUGCUGCCCCUCUUCCAUGGGACCCCCUUUCACACGCCAUCAUUUUUGGAAAACUGGUAGUUUUUUGGGUCGGAGCAUGACCCACUGGACAAUGUAAAAGAAAUGAUUUAAAGUUCUAGCCUCAGUUGUAAUACAUGGGCUUUAAAACAUGCAGUGUUAACCAGUGACCAUGUUUUUGUUGCUUUCUCUAUGUUCUUCAUUGUGAUUGGUGAUGCUAUUCUCAAAAGACAGACAUCUGAGUGCUCUGCAAAUGUCUCACUAUUUGCUCUACAUCUGUCUCUAGUAACUGUCACUGUGUCUGCUGCCAGUUGAAGUAUCAGGGCAAGGAGUAACUGCGCUUUUUGUUCUCUUUUAUUCAUGUGUCUAUCAGCUGAGAGCAAACCUCUCCUCUCUUUCCUUUGGUUAAUUACAUCCCAAGAAGAUAACCGACUGAGGAAAGAGAUGGAAACGCAUCUCAGCAUCUUGUUUCCACAUAAUUGUAUUUAAUGUGUGCUGUGACUCGGUAGCCUCUCAUAAUAAACAAAUUGUCACCAUCACUUUUGAUAAUAACUGAAGAGGUUUUGUAAAUUCAAGUGGUACACUAUCCAGUUCUGAAAAAUGUUGCAGGUUCUUUCCAGCAUUUUCCAGUUAACUUAUAGAAUGUGUUGAGAUUUUUUGGGAAUUUCCUGCACUGUGGCCAUCGCAAAAUGUCUGUCUCAUCUUCUACUUCUUCUCCCUAAACCAUGAGUUCUAGCUCUCGGAUUGAUCUGGAAAAUACAGACCUAAAGCACAAUAUAUCUGCGCGUGAGCGGCCAAAGUGUUAUCUCUUUCAGACAAUGUGUGUGUGUUUGCCUGUGUAUUCAAAUCCUGCUGAAAGAUCAUAGGACACUGAUCACUGGGGUCUUUGGGUAGUUCGAGCAUCACUUCACUUGAGAAGUUGAUGCUUUAUUCUCACAAGGUUGCAUCAGAUGUUUGAAUGACAAAAAGUGAUGCUGACUAGCCAGUUGGUUGUGCUGUUCAAAGACAUUUGAUGAACCUGUGAUGUAAUAUCAAAGCACACUAAUAGUCUAACUUGAUAAUAAUGGUGUCAAUAAUAUAUAUUAAUAAGAUGUAUAUUGAUAGGGAAAAGGAUGCCAGUAUGUACAGUAAAUAACCUGCAUGUUUUAUCAGCAGGCACACAUUUAAGUAUUGGAUUUAUAUAGAUAAAAGCCAGUGUGGAAAGUAAAAAGUCUUGUCACACAUCAUUGAAAUACAUUUGACUGAACACUGUCUUAAUAUGAGCAAAGUAAAUAGUACCAACCUCUAGCUAGUGUGCACUAUAGUCAAAGUCAAAUCAGAGGCUAUGUUUACAUGCAGCGAGUAACCUUGUGAUUGACUCUGAUUGCAGUUGAUUUAAAGUAUAAUACCUGCUGUGUUCAUCUAUCUUUUCUAUUAACCAUUGAAAGGGAACUCCAGCAAUACAGUAUUGCACUUCCAUUAAAUUAGAUGACUCACAAGAGAUAUAAUAAUAAUAAUAAUAACAAUUAUUAUUAUUAUUAGAAUAAUAAUAAAAUAAAAAAAGGAAUCAGCAGAGGACUCGAUGUCCUGACUUUUAGUCUAUAGUAUGGGUCAAGUUCCUAAUAACUUGCAACCCACAAUGCAAUUAAUAGCAUCUUUUUAUUAGACCCUUCCUGCCUGGUAAAAGCCCAUGCCUUUUAAACUCCAUGCACCUAGUUUGUAACUCUGCUUUAUGUUAUGAAAUUGCACUCUCCAAACUUAAGCUGAGAUAACCCUGAUGGCAUCACCAGGGCUUAUUUUCUCAGACUUUACAAAACUUCUCCAGAGCCAUGCUAUAGGAGGACAUUACAGAACUGUUUUAACAGGCUGAGUUGUACUGCCCAUGACAAAUAUCUGAACUUUAUAUCAGUAAGUCAGGGUUCCCCUUUAAUGUUUACGAAGAGUCUCAACCCACCAAUGAAGCCACUACUGUGCUUCUUCCACUUGACUCCACUACUUCCACUUUGCAUCUCGUCUUGCAGGUCAUACGCCUCUGUUUCUCUCAAAAGUUCUUAAAAAUAACUCAUAAACACACUGCAACCUUAACUGACUAACAUGGUCUUUCAUUUUAAAUAAGACAACAGGUAAUGAUUGAUUAUUAUUUUUAAUGGGUCUAUUUUCACUUUCAUUCAAUUACAUAUGCAGUGAAAAUGCAAAUUGAUAUUUACUGUGUAUUGUAUGUUGGUCGGUUUUAACAAUGUAAGUCAUGAUAAACAAUUUUGUCAUCUAAAUGAAUCAUGCAAAACAAUUACCUAAUCAGUUUUCUCUGCAAGAAGUGAUUUCUAAAAUACUGAAAGUAACAACUACAGUGUGUUGAACAUCAAAUAUGCAACUUGUUCACUGAUUUUCUCCUUCUAAUCAUUGUUACACUGUUCUGAUGUAUGGACGUUGAUAGAAGACUCAAGUGGAAAGUAAAAUCUAGCUAGAGAUGUGCAAUGAUCUCUUCUUGAAGAUUGAAAUUACUUUUGAUACACAUGCUAUGAAUAAGACUUCAUAAAUGUAUGUUAUGAAACAACGCCGUACUUUGGCAGUCUCAUUUAAAUUGAUGGAUUAAGUUCAUCAAGGCAGCGGCGUGUCUCUGUGAGCUGUUUCUAAAUGGUUUUACAAUCAGAAGUACAAAAUACAGCAAAGGCCUCUGCUAACUGCUAACUCCAAAUAUAUGGGUAGACUCUUCAUAGGCUGCAAUGUCAAUAUGAAAACUAUGAAAUUACACUAUGAGGAGUACUUCAGUUUAAGCUGAACCCAAAUAAAUCUCUCUGCCAAAAUCCCAGUUUGAAUAAACCGUAUUGAUGAAGCCUCAGGUUGCCUCUGACACAGGGCUAUGGAACAUGAUAAGGAUCAAGUGUAUAGGAUCAUUUUUCUGAUAUUACAAGAUGCUCACCAGUGUUGGUGCUAAUCUAUUACAAAAUCAUGCGUUGUUAUAAUUUUGUGAUGGCAUCAUUGUCACUAUUUUAGUAGGCACAUUACAGUUACUGUUGUAACAGACGAGUUGCUGCAUGUUUUCCAUUCUUAAACUUCUUUUAACUUUAAUGUUUGAAGUAUCAAAAUUAAACAUGUAGAGUGCAGACAAAUGAGCCAACUGUGUUAAAUUUGACUGAAUAGUCAGAAUUAAAUUUUGUAGAUUUAAAAAAAAAACCUAAGCAGGUCUACAAAAUGUGAAGGUACAUCAUACGAAAAGCGGUACCGGGGGGUUUGAACGUUAUUUACACACUCCAAGCCAAAACAGGUUAAAAAUGCAGUUCUCUGUGCAUGUAAACAAAGGUAGUGUCAAUCGGAUAUUCUCACUCAAAUUAGCUAUUUAUUAAGACAUUGUUCUGUCGACUUAAUGAUGGAUAUCCUGGCUAGCAUUCUUAAAUUGCCUGUAUGCACAAAGUCAAUAACCAGUUCCUGUCUUUGAAUGCCUCAUGGUUUUUUUUUUUAUUUUUUACUUGCUUUUUUUGAAAAAGCAGAAGUAUCAAAUAUGUCUGACCUAAUCUUUUGUCACAGUGUGUUGUAAAGCAAAUUUGUAUGUCCUAUACUUUGUGGUAAUCAUAAUUGUCAUUAUGGAGAUUUGUUUUCUACAUAUAUGAUUGACACAAUAAUUCAGAUCAGGGUUUUUGCAAUCUCUCUGCAAAUUAGCACUGUUACCUAAUGACAGUAGGAUUUCUGCAAUGAUGUAGUUUGCUUGCUCUUUUAUUUCAAACAAGUCUUUCAUGCCUCAAGCAAAUUCAUCUGUCCUCAGUUCCACGCAAACAUAAAUAAAAUAAAAACAACACAUAAUAGAAA